AUGACUGUUGUUAAGGAUCAUUCAACCGAAAAACGUCGUCAAUCGCAAUGGGAUUUCACUAAGCAAUUCCCUGACAGUAUUACUGUUGAGAGGACUCCAAAACGUCCUAGGACCUUUCAGUCGUCGGUGCAGAAUUCAAGCUACUCUCAUCAGCGUGGGAAACGAUUUGGACCCUGGGUGCGAGAACGUUUCAAGCUAACCGUUUUUGCGGAUGGUGUUGCUAUCGUUACUCUUCUUCGUGACGAAACAAAGACGAUUGCAGUUGAGGAGCAAUUGUACAACACAAUCACUCGUGCACAUGAAGAUUGCAGUCAUGGUGGUAGGGAUGCCACUUGGCACAACCUUAAGAACUACCUUUAUUGCCCCGAGAAAUUUGUUCGACUUGUCGUUAAGCAUUGCAACAUUUGUGCAAGGUCCAAUACUCCGAACGUUACCCAGAGGGCUGCACAAGCGAUUCAUGCGUCGUCAUUUUUGGGAAUUGUUCAGAUGGAUUUGAUUGACUAUGGUGGAAAUGAGACUCCCGAUGGCCUACCACGCUAUAUCCUCCAUAUCAAGGACCAUCGGUCGAAAUUCUCUUGGGCGUAUUCUCUUUUGCGAAAGGAUUCAAGCGUUGUUGGCAAGAAAUUACAUGACCUUUUUUGUCUUGUUGGCCCUCCAAUCUUUUUGCAAAGCGACAACGGUGGCGAGUUUACAGCACAAGCCAUGAAAGACGAAUUGCAAUCCAACUGGCCUACCCUUUCGCUUUAUCAAUGGUCGACCACGCCACCCUCAAUCGCAAGGCCUUAUUGA